AUGGAGCCCUGCUUUUUAUCUCGUUCAUCGACCAACCCGAUGCAUCACUUCCUUAUGUUGCGGUCCCAGCAGACAGAUUCUGAUAUGGACUAUGAGAGGCCUAACGUUGAAACUAUCAAGUGUGUGGUGGUGGGAGACAAUGCAGUCGGAAAGACCCGCCUUAUCUGUGCCCGGGCCUGCAAUGCCACACUGACUCAGUACCAAUUACUCGCUACACAUGUGCCCACAGUCUGGGCAAUUGACCAGUACAGAGUAUGCCAAGAGGUAUUAGAGCGCUCCAGAGAUGUGGUGGAUGAAGUCAGCGUGUCUCUUCGUCUCUGGGAUACUUUUGGAGACCAUCAUAAGGACCGGCGUUUUGCAUACGGCAGGUCUGAUGUGGUGGUACUGUGCUUCUCAAUCGCCAACCCCAACUCUCUAUACCAUGUGAAGACCAUGUGGUACCCUGAGAUCAAGCACUUCUGCCCCCGUGCUCCUGUCAUCUUGGUUGGCUGUCAGCUGGACCUGCGCUAUGCAGACCUGGAGGCAGUGAACAGGGCACGGAGGCCCUUAGCUAGACCCAUUAAAUACAAUGAGAUUCUUCCUCCAGAGAGAGGCCGGGAGGUGGCCAAGGAGUUGGGCGUGCCAUAUUAUGAAACCAGUGUUGUUGCUCAAUUUGGAGUCAAGGACGUCUUUGAUAAUGCUAUCCGAGCUGCACUCAUCUCACGCCGACACUUGCAGUUUUGGAAAUCUCACCUCAGAAAUGUUCAGCGGCCUCUCCUUCAGGCACCCUUCCUACCACCAAAACCUCCCCCGCCUAUAAUCACUGUGCCUCCUCCCCCAACCACCACAGAAGAGCAUCCGGUCGGUCUUCUGGAGGACCCACACUGUGCUGAUGUCAUCCUGGUCCUGCAGGAGCGACAGAAAAUCUUUGCACACAAGAUAUACUUGGCGACAUCCUCUUCCAAGUUCUAUGACCUCUUUAUAAUGGACACACAUAAUGAGGAGACUGAAAGGCCCUCUCGUGGCCCCCUCUCUGGCAGAGAGCUGCUGAUGCGUGCUGCAAGCUUUGAUGUUUGCGAACUUAGCGACGAUGGAGACAGGGCCAACCUGAGGGCCUGCACCAGUGAUGGAACCUUGAAAGACUCUGACGGGGCCCGACGAGGCCGGCUGCUGUCUUCGUGGAGCCGAGCCUUUGUCAGUAUCCAGGAGGAGCUGGUAGAUGACCCCGUCACUUACAGCCCCAGGCCCAUGACUGUAGUGCACAUGGACCAGUCCAUGCAGCUCGGUCCUUUCCGAGCAGUGCUUCGCUACCUGUACACAGGUCAGCUAGACGAGAAUGAGAAAGAGCUAAUGCACAUUGCACACAUUGCUGAGCUGCUGGAGGUCUUUGACCUGCGGAUGAUGGUGGCAAACAUACUCAACAAUGAAGCCUUCAUGAACCAAGAAAUCACCAAAGCCUUCCAUGUACGGCGCACAAACAGAGUCAAAGAGUGUUUGGCCAAAGGCACCUUUUCUGAUGUAGUAUUCAAGCUAGAUGAUGGGACAAUCAUGGCCCACAAGCCUUUACUCAUCUCUAGCUGUGAUUGGAUGGCAGCUAUGUUUGGCGGGCCUUUUGUGGAGAGCUGCACCAAAGAGGUGCUGUUUCCAAACACAACUCGCAGCUGUAUGAGGGCUGUGCUAGAAUAUCUCUACACAGGGCGGUUUUGUUCUCGGGCUGACCUGGACGCAAUGGAGCUCAUUGUUCUUGCCAAUCGUCUUUGCCUCCCCCACUUGGUUGCACUUACAGAGCUCUACACAGUAACAGUAUUGACGGAGGCAGCGAUGAUGGGGACUGACAAUGAUGGAGACGUGCUUGUGUACUUGGACAUGGCUCAGUUCCACGGCGCCCAACAGCUCACUGGCUGGUGUCUUCACCACAUCUGCACCAACUACAACAGUGUCUGCCGCAAGUUUCCCCGAGAGAUGAAGGCCAAGUCUACAGAAAACCAAGAAUACUUUGAGAAACAUCGCUGGCCACCUGUGUGGUAUCUGAAAGAGGACGACCACUACCAAAGAGCACGCAAAGAGCGUGACAAGGAGGACUACCUGUACCAGAGACGGCAAUGCAAACGCAAGUGGCUCUUCUGGAACCUUCCCUCCUCCCCUAACUCAAACUCUUCUUCUUCUGGCUCAUCUGCUGUCAUCUGACCAAGUGGUAAGACCAGGUCUACUUUGAAGUACAUCAGCGUGGAUGCGAGUUGGAAAAGAUACAAUAGAAGAUAAGCACCACUGGCUAUGUACGGCCCAAUUAUUCAGGCACAUAGUCUCUCCUCCUGUUUGUUUGCCACUGCAGUCAGAUUCCUCCAGGUCUGCAAGCUCAGCUCAAGUUCGCAAUUUAAAAUACUGAGUUUUGUUCCUUUUGAUUUUUAGCUUGGUGUACACAAGACUCAAACCUCAGUGACAAAUGGCACAGUGUAAUUGCCGCAAAUAACAAUUCAUAUUGAUUGUUGUAUGUUUUAAAAAUAGGACUCUGCUGGCACAGAACUUUCCACAUAUGACUAUAAUGAUUAGAAUCACAAUCAUCUUUAUUGUAUGCGUAUGCAUAAAAUAAAUUUGACUGUUUUUUCCUUUGCUCCCAACGUACAUAUACAUGUCAUCAAUUAUCGUGAACUGAUAACCAAGUGCUGCUUAUCAGCUGCAACAACCAGCAAUUAAACGCAGAACUUUACAGUCUCAGAUGAAUAACACUUUGCCUUUGAGUGUUUGUACAAUCUACCAAACUAUGUGUACAGUAUGAUCUUGUCAACAGGAUGUAACGAUAGUAUCGCCUGCCAGGAAUCAAUGAUUCAAGACAUUCACUAACCGUACAGAUAAAAGCAUAAGGGAAAUUACUGGCAAGUUUCAAUUCUGUUUAUUUGUGUACAGUCAUUUUAUUUGUAAUGGUUUGUGUACGGCUUGCACAGCUAAAAGUGAUGUGAGUCUGGACACGCUCAGCAUUAUCGUAAUGUGAUCUUGUGAUUUGUGGCCUCUUGUCAAAAAAGAGCUUUAGUUUACAUGAAUGCAUUAAGUGUCCUGAGACACAAGAGUUCCCAAAUCAAGGAGAAUACCUAUAUCUUUCUGUAAAAUGCCAGAAAAAACCAACCACAUCCUUAAUAUUUCCUAUGUGUUGCUUGAUGAGGCUUGUUAGCACACAUGUUUCCUGAGUCCUUCAGGUUUAUAAUUCCGUCAGCUUGAUCACUGUCAUCCUGAAAAGCCACACAUGAUGCAUCUCAGAGCCAAUAGCAUCAUUUCCAGAGCUGAAGCGACCACAUGUUCAUCAUGUGCACCAUCCCUCUGUGAUGGUGUGCUUCACGUAUCUGACACCGGUCUCCCCCUGACUGAGGCUACAUGCAGGAGGCUUCCUCAUGCCCGGGUGACGUGACCCCUACUCUUCUACACACUUCAAGCACUUUUUGGAUUCUUCUCCACAGAGACACACACAGGAACAUCCAGUAGCAGCGUACUGGUAAACGGCACUAAGGACGAUAUGGUAUCAUCAUGGCAUGCUGCGGCUGCAGACCAUGGUAUUUAAAAUGUUUAAAAAAAAAAAAGAAGGUUGUGGAAAUGAUUGAGGUAAAAUUAUUUUUCUUUAUUUAUGUUUUUUUUUUUUUUUUAAAGAUUGUCAUCUACUGUUGAACUUGAUUGUAUGAUGGACUGGAGCGUUAUUUGGAUUUGAAGCAUGGUGCUGAGGGAAGAUGGGUAGUGUUGUAAAUUGUACAAAAUAUCAUAUGAACCGUAAUCAACGUGCAUCACUGAUGUGCUGUUACCUAAUAUCUUGAACUGCAGGCAGUGAGCAGAAUUGUACAGUAUUACUGGGUAAUACAUAUAGUGAAUAUAGAAUUAACUUGCAUUUAGUUACUGUGCAGCUACAAACUGUUGUUGAAAAUAUCUGAAUAUUGUGCUAACCUCCAGUUACAUCUAUGAUAUCCUGCAGAAUACAUGCACAUUACAGGCAGUUCAAACCAAUAGUUGAAUAAGGUUCCAGUGCAAGGUAAAGUAGAUACAUGUUAUAUAAAUGACUUGUUGGUUAAUCCAUAAAACACGUCAUUGUUAUUAAAAAAAGUAUUAUGACAGCAUACGUUAAAGGAAGGCUAGCUUAAUCCUACAUAUGCAUGGUUAGACUUUUCCAUGUAAUUCAUGUCGAGACAGAUAUUAGAGCCCAACAAAGAGCUUAAAAUGAUUAAGUGGUUUGAAUCAAUUCAGUGACCAAAUCAGUUUCUGCUGGGACUAACUUUUGACCUAAUUACUACACUGCAUGAAAAGGUUCGCCAAAUUCUCAUCUAAUGUGUAAAAAUAUAGAUAUAGAGUAGUGGUGCUGGUGCUCUAAGCAGUAGCUUUGAAUUGUUUCAAUUACAUUAACUUUUGCCUAUUGAUAAGUAAACAUAAUAACUGUAAUUUUGAAUAUCUCAUCUUUUUGGCACAAACUGUCAGACAUUAGGUGGAAGGGUGAGAGCCAUCCUAAUUCUGAAUGUUUAUAUUUAUUAGGCCAUCUGUCUAAUAACUAAUAUUGUUCAGUUUUCAGACAAAAUACAGUUGAUUUUCAUAGUUUAACAGCAGGAGGGUGUAUAUUGUUAUAAUUUACCUUGGUGGUGUGAUUGAUAGGUUUCAUAGACAUGCAUUUCAUUACUUAGUGCAUUGCAUUUCUCAAUGAGUCCUCUGCUGAUGUUUUGCAUCAACAACACCUCAUGCCUUAAUGUACAGUGUAGUGUAUGGAAUCGAAUGUUUAGUAGUUUUGCUGUGGUCACUGGUCUGUUUGCUCUAUAUUUAGUUACCAUGGUGCUCUCUAGGCUGUGUGUGUGUGUAUCUGUACAUGUACAUAAUCUUUACGUAUUUGGGAUGUAAAGCAAUCGAUGUGUGAUCCAUGCGAUGCACUUUAGUUUGAACACUGCGGAGGGUUUAUGCCCUUUUAAAGCUGUAAACACAAAACCAAUUAAAGACUCAGACCACCAAGGUCACACUAGACUAACAUAAUGACAAAUCAUAGAUUUCUGACAUUUAUAAUGAAAUGAAUGCAGGGAUUUUGAAUCUGUUCCAUUAUUUUAAAGUGGCUUUAUGCUAAUGAUCUCCAAUUUUGGAGUCUGUAUAAUUACCAAUAAUGAGACAGGGUGGCAAUUGGAAGUUAGAUUGUAACUCAAACAUGUAAAUAUAAAUGAUGGGAUGACUUGCAAUUCCAACUUAGCAUAGCAAUUGCUACAAGCUAUUGCAUAGUUUAACAUAUAACAUGUUUUUAUACUAUGCAUAUUGAAAUGUCUGAAUUUUGAAAUUACAAACGAGCACUGCUUUUUAGUAACAGGUUCUAUUCAAAUUACAUUAGAUGAUAUAGAAACAUCAUUAUUAGAUAUGUAGACAACAUCAGGUAAAAAAAUAAUAAUAAUUACAUCAUAAAUUACAAAGAAGUUGUCACUGAAGCCCUUUUCCAUAUGUUUGGGUGCUAAUUUCAAGCUGCAGAGGAGCACAAACCAAAGGGAGCUUUAGCAGCACCAGGAAUAUAGUAUAUGCUGCACAAUCACUACUGCAUAGUUUAAGAGGCCUUGUUCAAAAAUGGUUGAUAAUUAAAUAAUUAAAAAACAAAACAAUUAAUGAAAAUAAAAGAAAUUGAAUUGAAUGUUUUCUCAGUGUUCAAAACCUGGAUGACAUUUUCCUUCGUCAUCAGGUAUUUUUGUUCCGAUGAGCAGUUUUUAUUGUUUUGGAGCUGUCAAUCUGACAUUCUGUAGCAUGUGUUCUUUGAAAUGUGUAAAUACUAUUUACUAAAUAAAAAAGAGCAAUGUGUGCAGUG